AUGCCAGGAAUUUCAUCUCCCUCAUCUCAGACAAGAUUUGGGCAUAGAACCCAUUCGAUAAUCGCACCCGAAUGCCCAUGGCAUCACAUCGGGGUGGACUGGCUCAGCAACCUCGUACCCUGUCCGUCAUGCCAGACCGUCGAAGACUAUCUCCGCUCCCUGCUGCGCCCGUCGAUUCCUAAUCUCAUCCAGAUCAUUGAGCAGUACGAGGCUUCUGGAAAGAAACCCGCUCCGACAUGCCAGUGUGCAGCUAGUCAACCGCAGCCAGCGCCAACAGAGCCUGCCCCCCUUCCCGAAGCGACCUGCCUCCUGAACGAAGACGACGACUGGGUCUUCAACAUCGUGACGCCCUCCACCGCCUGCGUGCAGUGGAUCAAGGACCGCCUGCAGGAGACGUACAUCGAACAGACCCUGAGGACGAGCUGGAAGAGAUACAUGAACUUCUUCGACGUGCAGAACAAGCUGUGGGCCACAGCGAACACGGGUUUUACGCCCUGGGCCCAGUUCCCCCGUAAGAAGAGCCCGCUCGUGCCGCAGACAGUCAGCGACAUCACCUUCGGACCCUGCGAGCUGGGGCCCAAGCAACACCGCAGCCUGAACAUUGUGCUCAAGUGGGCGCAGCUCGACACCAAGGUUUCCGAGAAAGCCCUACGGUGGCUGUACUACCUGGACCGCCCAGCCGCGAGACCCGUCGAGUAUAACCGCGGUCCGCCUUUGACUCCGUCGAUCGGAACCAUGGUCCGCCAGCCUGAUUUCCAGGAUGAAGAUGCCCUCGCUCUGUGGGCCAACUGUACCGACUGCGAGGUCCUCGUCAACACCGAGGCGGACCUGUCUUGGGGCAACUUUGAACGUUCCGCGGAGAAGACACGCCAGCUGCAAGGACUCCAAGGGGUCACAGUGCUCUUCCUCGGCUGUGUUGUGAUCAACGACAAUGCCGCGUGCAGCAAGCUCCUUUUGAUGAGGGAAACCGGCUACUGGAUCCUCGAGGACCUGAUCCGGCACGAUUUCCUAGAUGUUCUGGAUGGGAGGUUUGACGACUGUCUUCUGCCUCUUCUGCAGACAGCUAUGACUGCAGGUCCUGAAUGGAGUCUCCAGGAGCUCUGCGAACACCUAUCCCGCUGGUUCAUUGUUUGGACCCGACUGUCAGGCUACGAUGGCUCGCCUUCCCACAGCCACACGGCUUUCAAGGCUCUUCUGGUGUACCUUUCGAACAUCGCAACUUCCGAGCGCGGUAGUGGUGCACGUCGUCUGUUUGCCCCUCAAACGUCUGAGGGAUGGGAAGACACAGCCGAUGUGGCGGCCAUGGGAACUGUGUAUGGUUGUGCAGUAGGCACGUUGACGAUGCUGUCUCUGAAAAGCAUCACAGAGCGCAUGCAGCUUUCCGACGUACCACCCUCGCCCGUCAAAACGAACGCGGAAUCACCCCAGCUUGGCAGCAAGAUUUUGCAGGCAAUCUUGUCCUCAAACCAGGAUACCUGUGGCGCAGACGAAUCUGUCCUCAUGGGGGGAUCCAGCUGCAAACUGCCGCCACAGUAUCACGGCGACGUAUUGGCAUUGUCUCGCUUUCUUCAACAUCUCCGAGCAAGCGUCAAUUCCGUUGCUCUAUCCUAUCAGAGUGUUUUGGACGGCGAGCGCCUCGUUCAGGCAAUCCAAGCCGCCUUCUCAUCCGUCGUCGCGAAGCACGUAUCUCUGGAGAAUACCAGCGUCCAUCAAUUCUUCGGAACAGAGCACAUGGCCCCUAUGACGGGCACCGGUCACCAUGCAUCGUUUCGGGACGAACUUGCUCGAUGGUACAACGCCGGGUUCGCCGUGGAGGCCUUCCGGGACCUGGCUUCCUUGGAAGUUUGUAACCACUCCGAGGAAGAUCUCAGAACCGACUCUCGUUUCCACGAUUGUUGGGCAGGAGAAGCUUCGAGACCCACCCGAUCGGACGAUGAGCCGCCUGCAGCCGACACAGACUGGCAGCCUUCGGAAGGCCACCAACCACUAGGAACGGCCCCGGUUGUCACUGCGACGCCUUGGAUACCUCGCACCAGCACACCUGAGCUCAUGUUGGGCUCCGCGGCCGGCUCAGUUACCCCAGGAUCCUCCGGCGGACCAGUAACUCCGUCGACAUCGAUCUGCUCUCGCUCUCCCAAGUCAUCGCUGGCACCUGAGACAUUGGGCACGCGGUCGGCAGCUCCUCCUUCCCGCCUGACGGUCGACGAUGGCAUUCCUCCGCACAAUGUUGUGAAGGUGAAGAAAACGGAGAAACAGAAUAGCCUGAUGGCUGUCGUCGAAUCUGCCAGCAGUCCAGAGGUUCCCGCGCGCAAGGUGAUGGGGGCAGCCCAUCCGGGAGAUGUUGAACCCUCCACGGCGAAUGUGGUCGAGACGUACCUGCCCAACCACCCAGAAACAAUCACCACUUCUCCUCCAGUUCCCGACAUCCCAGGAACGAGGAGGGCGGGCAGUCUCUCAGAGGAGAGCACUCAGGGAGCGGUCGGCCAUGUGCAUGUCAAGCCCGGAUGGAAGGCACUCGUGUUCGUCUUGGCUUCGGCUGUAUCGGCCUUUCUGGUCGGCAUGUGCUUGGGCGCCUACUUCCAAUCUCGCAACGCUUAUUCCACACUCCCCAGUCACCAUCACACACAGAUGCCGGCAGCACGAGUGCGAGAUGCGUUCACCUGGGGCGGCUCCACAACAUAUAGCAGAGGAAGUAUUGUGUGCAUUGUUGGCUCUCCCAUGGAGGGUUUCUACGAGGUUCUCAACAUCAAGGGCGACAGGGAUGUGAGUACCCUUCCUGCUGCGGAACGAAACUGA